CUACUGUGGUCGAAUAUUACUCGGAUUGUGACAGUACAGAUACAGUGACCUCUUGAUGGAGUGGGUCACAAAUAAAAAUAAUCAUGCUUUGGAGGUUAGUUAUCGUGGGUGUCUUGUGCAUCGUGGCAACUCAAGCGGGAAAUCGACCCGCAUUAGGUGAAAUCUGCAACCGUAUCAUUUUCGUUUAUGAUUUAUCGUACAGAGAAAACUAUUGGCGUGGAAUAUUCCGAACGUACAAAAUAAGUGAGCCUUCGAAAGCGCGUAUUAUUUUACGCUUCUCAGCUCCGGCAAAAGUGUCGUUGGAAAAUGAUAAAGAUGGAAGUGUACUUGCUGGUGAGGACGCUUUUCAUGUUUUCUUUACAAAGAAAAAUGAUGGAUCAUAUCGUAGUAGAUUCCUAGUUGAAGGUCGUAGAGGUGGUCCAUUUCCUAUUUUAGAAGCAUUGUACAUUAACGGGGUUGAAAUUUGCCAAAAUAACAACACAGUGAAGAUCAGACCAAGAGUCCUGCCCACCCGGAGCAAAAUCCCUAAGGACAAUCGUGGAUCCACUACUCUCUCCUGUGGUAAAAGAAUCCUCCUGGGAAAUCCACUCAUCACCAAUGCAGAACCCUCAAGGCACGGUGACUGGCCGUGGCAUGCCGCAAUUUAUCAUGUGGACAGUGGCAGUUGGCAGUAUAAAUGUGGAGGCACCUUAAUAUCAUCAAGAAUCAUUCUGACUGCAGCACAUUGUGUUACCGAGGAUCGAAACCAAAUCGUCGCAGAACGCAUUGUGGUUAGGCUUGGCCAAUACCUAUUAAUAGGGGGUUCAACUGUCAAAGAGUUUCGAGUGUAUAAAGUCAUUCGACAUGAGGAUUAUAGUCCUUCAAACUUUAAAAAUGAUAUUGCAAUAAUAAAGCUUGGAACAGAAGUAGCUUUCAAUGAAUACAUCCAACCGGCAUGUCUCUGGGACAAAUUUGCGACUGAUCUGAGUGCAAUCGUUAAUAAGGAAGGUUAUGUUGUUGGGUGGGGGUUCAAUGAGGAGGACCUUCUUUCUGAUGUUUUGUCACAAGCCAUAUUACCAAUAGUUUCUUUGAUGACAUGUUUGGAAAGUAACAGGGCAUACUUUGGUGGUGUUUUAACAGAUAAGACUUUUUGUGCUGGAUCUAGGAACGGGACAAGCGUAUGUAAUGGGGAUAGUGGAGGAGGACUGUUUAUUAGGAUAAACGGAAUUUUUCGGUUGAGGGGAAUCGUUUCACAAACUGUUGCUAGGAUAGAUAAAAGUGUCUGUGAUCCAAACCAUUAUGUAGUCUUUACGGACUCCGCUCAAUAUUUAGAUUGGAUUGAGUCCAAUUCGAACUGACACCAUAUGUACCUUUCCAUAUGCUCGAUGCAAAUAUACAUAGAUACUUACUUGAAAUUGAUGAG